GCGUGACUGUGUGUGUGUGUGUCUCCCAGUCUCUCUUCCCCCCACGGUACAACUCGGCCCCCCACCUCAACACACACACACAUACACAGAAGCUGGGCUUGCUAGUAUGAAAUUGAAGACUUGCAAUACCAAAAUGCAUGUGUUACCUUGGGAUGCACUAGGAUCAGAAUGCUCGAAAAGCCUGCAGGCUGCUUAGUCCUCCAAGACUGGGUUUUUUAAACCAGACAGGAAAAGAACAAGUUAUUCACUUUUUUGUUCUUUCUUUUUCUUUUUCUUUUUCUUUUUUUUUUUUUCCUUUCUUUCUCUUUUUUGUGCUUUGGAUACUACUGAACAAGGAGUCUCAGGGAUUCACACGAUCGGACUUCAUUGAAUCAGGCUGCAUCUGACAAACAAUCUUGUCUGCAUUUUGGUUUGCUAGAGAUCAACCGGGAUUUUUUCUGAUUCUAUCUUCUUUUGAAAAAAGGAUGCAUGGCAUAGAAAGAAGGUCUAAGUGCCUGUCUGAGACUAUUUUACUGAACCUAGGAUAAAUGUUACUUCUCAAAGGACUGUCUGUGGACCCCUCCCAGCACUAACAGCAGUCAGCAUGGACUUGGUGUGACCUUGGUGACAGAAGACUAGAAAAUGAGAAAAAUCUCAGUUUCUUUCCUGGAAAUGGAGAGAGUGAUUGAGAAAUUAUUCGUGUUUCUUCCUAUACAUGUAUUAUGAGGCAUCAACUGCCACUCAGGUAUUCGUGUUCAGAAUAAACUAAUAGAGCUCCUUCUUCAGCUUUCAGGUACUGUUGCGUGAUUUACAAUGGAAAAAUUGUUCUGCAGCAUCCUGGUGUUUGGAAUGGCUGUCACAGUCAAUGCUUGUCCCAAAUAUUGUGUCUGUCAGAACCUGUCUGAGUCACUGGGGACUUUGUGUCCCUCCAAGGGUCUCCUUUUUGUGCCGCUGGACAUAGAUCGAAGGACUGUUGAACUCCGUCUUGGGGGCAACUUUAUUAUUAAUAUCAGCCGACAAGAUUUUGCCAAUAUGUCUGGACUUGUUGACCUUACUUUGUCCAGAAACACCAUCAGUUACAUACAGCCCUACUCUUUCACUGACUUGGAGAGCCUUCGGUCUUUACAUCUGGACAGCAACAGACUGCCUGACAUUGGAGAGGAUAUUUUGAGAGGUUUAGUUAACCUUCAGCAUUUGAUUUUAAACAACAACCAGCUAAGCAGCAUUUCUGAUGAAGCCUUUGAGGAUUUUUUGCUGACAUUGGAAGACUUAGACCUUUCCUACAAUAACCUCCGAAGCAUUCCCUGGGAAUCUAUAAGAAAGAUGAUAAACUUGCACCAGCUCAGUUUAGAUCACAACCUGAUAGAUUAUAUAACAGAGGGGACAUUUGCAGAUCUUCAGAAACUGGCCCGAUUGGAUCUAACAUCCAACAGACUGCAGAAGCUCCCCCCUGACCCUAUAUUUGCCAGAUCUCAAGUAAUUCCAUUAGCCGUUACCCCAUUUUCUCCACCUUUGUCUCUCAGCUUUGGGGGCAAUCCACUGCAUUGCAACUGUGAGCUACUGUGGUUAAGGCGACUUGACAGAGAUGAUGAUAUGGAAACUUGUGCUUCUCCUCCAGGUCUAAAAGGAAGGUACUUCUGGUACGUACGGGAAGAAGAAUUUGUUUGUGAGCCUCCUCUUAUCACACAACAUACUCACAAGCUGCUGGUUUUAGAAGGGCAAACUGCUACGCUGAAAUGCAAAGCCAUUGGGGAUCCCACUCCCAUCAUUCACUGGGUAGCCCCUGAUGACCGUCUGAUCGGAAACUCUUCGAGGACAGCUGUCUAUGACAAUGGCACCUUAGAUAUACUCAUCACCACCUCCAAGGAUUAUGGAACUUUCACAUGCAUAGCAGCCAAUGCUGCUGGAGAGUCCACUGCAACAAUUGAACUCUCAAUUGUUCAGCUUCCCCAUCUCAGCAAUGGCACAGGCCGAUCAGCUCCCCCGAAAUCCAGGCUCUCCGACAUCACCAGCUCCACCAAGUCAAAUCGUGGGGAAACAAAAGGCCCACCAGAAAGGGCUGUCCUGGUGUCAGAUGUGACCACUACCUCAGCUUUGGUCAAGUGGACAGUGAGCAAGUCGGCCCCUCGGGUAAAAAUGUAUCAGCUGCAGUAUAACUGCUCGGAUGAUGAAGUCCUGAUCUACAGGAUGAUACCAGCUACAAACAAGGCCUUUGUUGUAACCAACCUUGUUUCUGGAACAGGCUAUGACCUCUGUGUCCUGGCAAUGUGGGAUGACACAGCCACGACCCUUACUGCCACCAAUAUUGUGGGAUGCGCCCAAUUCUUCACCAAAGAAGACUACCCUCAGUGCCAGUCAAUGCACAGUCAGUUCCUGGGUGGGACCAUGAUUCUGAUCAUUGGAGGCAUCAUUGUGGCAACUCUGUUGGUGUUCAUUGUAAUACUCAUGGUCCGCUAUAAGGUCUGCAACAAUUCUCAAGGGAAGAUGUCUAAUGUCAGCAAUGUCUACUCACAGACAAAUGGAGCACAACCAGUUCAGAAUGGAGUCCUGCCCCAAGUCAAUCCCAAAGUGGUGGUGAGGAAUGAACUUAUGGAGUUUAACUGUCAGUCUGCACGGAGUAGCAUCUCCUCUUCCUCCAGCUCUGCAAAUAGUCGUGACUGCGACAACUAUAGCCUCCAAAGUGAACAGGGCACAUUGUCCAGUAAAUGGAGGCCUCCUUCCAGGUCAAAACACAAUAUUGACCGGCUAAUGGGAGCUUUUGCCUCCCUGGAACUGAAAUGUCAGAAAAAGGAGGAAAUGACAGACUCCAGAACUUCCACGGUGGCCCGCCACUCGGACAAAGAGCCCCUGCUGGGCCAGACGGAGUCAAAAUUACGCAGCUUCCUCAUGUUGCCUCUAGAGGGCAAAACCAAACGUAGCCAUUCUUUUGACAUGGGGGACUUUGCUACAUCUCAGUGUUGCACCUACCCAAAAAAGAUAACAAACAUUUGGACAAAGAGGAGCCUCUCAGUCAACGGCAUGCUUUUGCAGUAUGAUGACAAUGACCUAACAGGGGCAAAAGGGACUUUCGGGAGCUCAGAGUGGGUAAUGGAAAGCACGGUGUAAAUAUCAGUGUCUCCCCCCUCCUCUUCUCCCUUCAUAGGUUAUAAAGCAUGGUUUGCUUCAGGGCCAUGCAAUUGGAAAGAGAGGGGAGGAAAUGUUUUCAAUUGUACUGGCCAAAAAGAUAGACAAGCAAGUAAGUAACAGGGAUACUAAAAGAGCAAGAAGGUCAUGAAAUGUGAAUAGGCACGUAUGGCACCAUUCCUGUCUGGCCCCAACUAAACCAUGCGUGAAUGUUUCAAGGAAUUUGCUAGUUGUAUUUAGCAUUACUUUCCAAAAGUUACUUAGACUGUUGGUGAACCAUCACACAAGAUUAAACAAGGAGGAUGAAAAGGGGUUUAACAGGAGAAAUUUAAUUUUACAGGGUUUCUUUUCUUUUUUUCUUUUUUUUUUUUUUUUUUUAAAGGGCACCUCUUUCUUUUCUUUCAAACACAGAAAUACACUUCUGUGGAUAUGACUGGUGCUAGGAUAUAUCUGGUUGUUAUUGCAAAUGAUUUUCUCAAAAGUGCAGGCAUGGCACCCACAGGGACAGAUAAGAGCAAAUUGUUCAGCAUAAUCUCAUGGUGUUAACUGUGACAUCUGGGCAAACAAUAUUUGUUGUUGAGUCGGCUUUUGGUUGGGAUUUAUUUACUUCUGUUCUGUUUUGAUUUUUUAUGGUUUGAGUUGCUUUUUCCCCACAACAGAAAGUAUGUUUCCAUGCAUUUUUUGGUUUUGUUUUUAGUCUCAUCAAAUCCCCCAGAUUAAAAGGAGGUACGUACAAAGGUCAAAUUUCUGAUGUACUGCAUAAUCCACCCCCAAUACCAUCCCUUUCUGUCCUAGAAAAAAUUAAAUCUAGGGGCAAAUAAAUUACAAAAAAAGAAA